AAUGCAUACAUAUACUGCAUAAGUGCCCAGGAGCAUCUGCAAAAUAGAGCAGAUGGAAAGGUACACAUAGCAAGCACGAUUUGUGUCUUCCCUGUUUAAGAAAGAUAAGAUAGACCCGGCAACACAUCGCCACAUUGUAAAGCGAGUGAAUACUUUUCUGGAGCAUGACAUGGUAUUCCUUCCAAUUAACAUCAGAAAAUGCCACUGGUAUCUAUCAGUAAUCAAUGCGAAGAAACGAGAGAUACAGGUACUGGACUCGCUUGGAGUUGGAAUGGGCCGCAGUGACCUCACUAUGACGUUACAAGGACUUGACAAACAUCUAAAAAUCGCAUGUGAUAUGCCGGAGUUUAAGAGAGGUGAUAGGUGGCAGGACCUCGAUAUUAUGAAUUGGACAGUCGUAGACAAGUUCCAAGAGCCAAUCCAAACAGAUAGCGCGUCAUGUGGAUUGUUUAUGUUAAAUUGUAUGGAGUAUUGGACUGGAGAUAUUUUGUCUGAUAAUUUCACUCAGGAGGACAUGAAAGAAUUUCGACGAAAAUUAGCUGUCAUAUUGUUGGAGACAGAACUUAAUAAGUUAAAAGGAAGUCCAAUAUAUUAUCGGACUGACAAUGAAGAAAAUGUAUCUGACAAUGAAGAAAAUGUAUCUGAUUCUGAUGUUGAGUUUCUGGAGGACCGAAAGCGUAAGCGGCAAGAUUCACAUGAUGGAGCCGAAGACAAAGGCCCCCUUCGGAACCCCAUCAUGGCCGUGGACCCGCAAGAUUUAGUUGAUGAACUAUGCAACCACAUCAUGUCAAUUAAUGAUGCUACUUCCUUGGAGUAAGAAGCAUGUCUAAGAAGUAUA